AUGAAUGCAGACGAUAUGGUGUACAAAAAUAAGAAACACAUUCUUUCCACAAAGUCAGUCUUUCUUAAUAUAACCCAAUAAAUAUGCAUUACCCUCACACAAACACACAUACACACAACACAUAUACAAACAUCUCUAUAUCCCAAAUCUUUCACACACAAAACAAGUUCACAUCUUCAGUAGAUAAUAUGUUGGUGCCAGCAGUGCACUGCUCAUUCCACCAAUCAGACUUUGCCUACAGUAAAGGGGUGUGUCUUCAACAGCUUCUAUAAAGCACACUAUCUGUACAUAAUCAUCUCAAUGUAAUACACUUGUAGCUCUCAGCAGAGAAGUGCACACUAAGUACAUUGAGAUGAACCAAACCGUUCCUAUAAUUACAAAUCAAGUCACAAUUUUGGAUGCAUCUUCACUACACAUAGUGGAAACUUGUUUUUUCUUUCUUAAUACUCAGCUGAAUUACAUCAUCUUGAUUCCUGGAGACUUCAUCGUCAAGCGGGGGAAACAAGUGAAGUCGACACAACAAUGGGAGAUCUUUCUUCAUCCAACAUUACAAACAUACAGAAUUAUUUGAAAUAUAGAUGUACAGAAGAGUGCAUUUGACCUGUUGAUUGAAGCAAGCAUCUAGACAGAAUUCUUGCCCUCUCCUCAAAUGUGUGAAAAAUGUUUCCUACAGUAUACAAAUCCAAACACUAUCUAAAAUUAUGACAUGAUGAUCAUUGAAAGCCUCUGUUUCUAAACAAACCAUGACAUCAUUCAUAACACUCACAACUGACAUGAUGGAGACUACCUUGGUGUCUCUCACGUCAAGUGAUGAGGUGUCCAUGGAUACGGAUGAAGGAACAUCGAUAGUUACUUAUCCAAGAUACAUCCAAAUCAUUGCAUGUACAGUGGGUAUACCUAUCAUUAUAGUUGGAGCAGUAGGGAAUCUACUAACUAUUCUAGCUGUAGCAAAGAGUAAGCGACUACGUGCAAACACUAUGAAUCUCUUCAUUGUCAGUCUGUGCAUUUCUGACAUUCUCUACUGCUCUACAAUCCUUCCUGUUCUUCUCACUGUAUAUACUCACAAUGCAUGGAUAUUAGGACAGACCUAUUGCAAGAUCUAUGCAACACUUCUCUUCACAUUUGUAGGGGCCACCCUGAUGUGUCUGGCAGCAAUAGCUCUCAGUCGAUACUUCAAGAUACGUCACACUGUUAUCUACAAUCGCUUAUUUACAAAGUAUUUAUUCAUCAGUGGUCUGAUAGUCAUAGCAUGGAUACUUCCCAUUAUAUUCCUGUUUCCAGCUAUCAUUGGAGUUUGGGGUGGGAUAGGAUAUGAACCAAGAACACUGACCUGUACCUUCCUAAGGGAACAUUCCUCCUAUAAUCGUUUCUUUAUGGUCUCAGCCCUUAUCGUUCCCACAACAUUCAUUGUUACCUUCUAUCUUCGUAUCUUCUGUAUCGUCCAAGCAAGUAACAGGCGUAUAAACAACCAUAACAUGCAGCUACCUGCCCCAUCUAACGUAACCCAAACAGAAGGACAGCAACGCAAGAGAUACAUAAGAGAAGAUCUUUCCUUCACUCGUAUGAUGAUUGGUAUCUUUCUCAUCUUCAUCAUCUGUUAUUUCCCCUACAUGAUUACUAAUCUAAUUGACCCAGAAGUAAAGAUACUAGACUUGCAUUUCUUUGCUGGCAUGUGCUGUUGGUUCAGUAGUUGUCUCAAUCCUCUAUUAUAUGUAUUUAUGAAUAAACAUUUCCGCCGAGCAUUUGCAAACUUGCCCUUUUGGCGUAAUGAGAGCACAAAUACUUAGUUCUUGCACAUUCACAACACACAUACAUGUACGUAAAGAAAAAAGAGGACAAACAAUAUGCAACUUCUCACUCCACUCUCGCAUAUCAGCACUGCAUGUCAGCAUAUUAAGACAGAUUUAAAAAACAAACUUUUCACUUUAUAAUUCAUGCCAUAGUAAAAGAAAAAAUCAAGAAAAAAAAGGAA